CGCACGCUUGUACGAAUCCGUCGUGUCAAACUUUUUCCCGAUGAACUCCACCCCCUGAGGAACGGCGUGUCGCUGCUCCCAACAUUGAAGAGUUUCCGCUGAACGAACAACGGUUAACAUGAAAUGGUUUCACAUGGUUUCAGCGCUGCUGGGCAUUGUUCGCUCAUCGCUGGCGGCGAGAGAUUGGUCCGUGUGUCAGGAUCCGACGUACACGUGCGGGCCACUACCGCCCUUGAUACCGGAGAGCUAUAUCAUGAAGUACGAGUGGAUCGACCUGGUGCGUAACCAGACGGCGUGGGUCGAGGAGUACUUCGACACCGAGAAUCUGCGAGCCAAGAUCUCGGUGGUGCUACGUGGCACGAAAGUUACCUCCAUUUACGACUACUUCGCCGAGACGGUGACCACAUACAACUCGGACAGGCCUGGAGCCAAGCCUUCACUGGAUCCGGAAAGCCAAGAUACGUGCGAGAUAGAGGAGAUGUCCACGUACCGUGGUGUCCGGUUGCCGUUCGGCUACAAGUACCGUGGCGAGCGACCGCGCCAGUCACGCAUGGACAGUUCGUACGAAGCCUUAAGGUUUGGCGGGCCUUACCGCGUCCAAUACGUGCGUCCCGCCACGGGCGAAGAGACUCGUCAUCUGCCGGCCGACAUGUUUGAGAGCUGUGCCUACGACAAGAACGAGGAUGCCACUUACCGAAUGCGCUACUACUGGUCGGCCAAUGCGUCAUUUUUGUUCCCAAACGGGGAAGUGGACGUUCCUAUCCGUAUCGAGCAGAAGGGAACUUAUACCAACCCCGACGACGACAACAACAGGGGCCCGUGGAACACCAUCCGAAACGUCGCUUGGUACCAGUCGGACCCAGAGUUUUCCGACGAGGAUUUCGAAGUACCACGGCAGACAUACUGCAAGAACAACGCCAAUGACCGGGAGAUUGCGCAACCACCUGACACCUUCAACUUCCGAGUCGAAGAGGUCUCCUUCACCCUCGAUGAGACCGGAUCCAGGGUCGAAGAAAUAAAGUCGACUUCAUUUAAAGAGAUUUGGUAUGACGCGAUUAUGCAACUAGCCAGGGUGGACAUAAUACCCUCCGAAGAGGAGAAGAGCUGGCCGCUCAUCAAUGAAUCAGCCGGCUUGGAUACCAUGCUUUCUAUCGUUCUUGACUACAGAGCAGAAGCCGCAUUUGUUACGCAUCCAUCAAGCGGAGAGUGCGUCGUCAGAAAACUCACGAGUGAUUUUUUCCUCUCGGAACCGAACAACACAGAGGGCGUUGAAAUGUUGGACCCGAAAAAACUGUUUGGUUUCACGACAGAGCAUCACUUUCAAGGACGGUACAACAUCAGAGGCAUAGAGGUUGAGACAUGGACGGCUCUAAUAAACGAGUCGCUGGAGGAAAUGAACGAUACCACUAGGAGGCACGAGAUUUCGCUGAUGACGGACUCGGAGGCAGAGCGUUCAGGUGAACGCGACAUUGAGUUUGUUCCUGUUCAGGAAAUCAUCUAUACAGAUACGCAUCAGGCCACGAAGGAUGGAACACUGGAAUUCAGGCAGCACGUGGUGACGAAAAACUACUUCAAGUUCACCUCGGAACAGCCGCGGCUAUCGGUGUUCCAAGCGCCAGGUUGUGUCUCCCGUCACGAAGCAAGGACCUUCAAGGUUUCGUUCAACGGAGACGACUACAAGAUCAUUCGACAAAACAAGCAAGUGUUUGUGGAUGCACUCAGAGGAUCGCUGAAAGACUACGGAGAUGUAGACACCGUAAUGCGGAUCGAGGUUAUCGGAGUGGCGUUCUAUAAAAGAAGCAACGAAAUAAUGGCUUUCUUCAAGAUAUUGGAACCCCUGUCUGAACUUCAAUCAAAGCAUGCCGUCACGGUCGACGAAUCAUUGCAAAAAAUUUUGGAGCGGGUCCAAAAUGGAACGUUGGUUUUCACGCUCGUGCUUUCAGAUGAAAACAACAAUACGCAGCUGCGUACCUACCAGGCCAUAAAGGGAUCCUUCGCCGAGGCGCAAUGGCCGAUGAGGAAACGGACGCUCUAUUACCAGCCCCAGAAAGCAAUGGACAGCAUUGUUCGGGGAAAGGAAAACCCACCAGCAGGCCAAGACACCGGCUACAGCGCUGGUGCAUUUGCGGCAAUUGCGGUUACGUUCACCCUGGCCGGUAUCGCUUGCGGAGUCCUCUCCAUGUGGGUUUACUUGAACAGGAAGAAGCGCGAUGGUCUCAUUCAAAACGAAGAACGUCCAAUCGAGCUGCAGUGACCUUCAAGGCGACACAUGCCACUAAGAAAUCUCAGCAACCUUGGGAAGCGUUAUCAUGAACUCAUGACAUGAAAAAAAAAACAUAAACGCUUACCUUCA